GGCUGUGAGAAAGAUGAAUUCUCGCAACACUUUCCCGGCAGACACAACUCAAUGGGGUAUGGGCGUUAAUUAAAUGGAAAGACAUCUUCCACAAAUAAACAGUGAAAUGGGCAGCCAGCACAGCUCCUCCAAACAAAACGUACCGGGGGGAAAAUGACGAGAAGCUCUUUUGCGUUCGUGUGCGGAACACCCGCCGACGCUACUGGGCACACAGACCCAGAGGCAAAAUAUUUCGCGCGGUGACUUCGUCGGCCUGGCAGUUAGUCAAGAGUGGAGAGGCUCAGCGGAUAGUCUCACGGAGUUAAGCUGGGUGAGCCAGCAAAUAUUAAAACUUUAUAUUUGUGUAGUUAUUUCAAAGAUACUCGCGACUGGUGCUUUUCGUGUGUGAAGAAGCAAAAAAGAAAAAAAUAAGAGCUAAUAAUUAUUAAAUUCUGACUUGUGUGACGACGUAUGAAAUUCCUCUGUUGCGCGAAAAAGUGGACACACUGGUGCGGAAGUUGAAUACGUAGCCAGAUGGUUUGAGGAGACUUGUGACAUUGAUUUAUCCUAAAAGUUCAAAGAUUCUUUUCUCAAGUUGUGCAGUGAGAAAAAAAAUCUCAAAAGGUGAUUUUUUUAGAACGCAAAAUAGUGCAACGAUUUAGUGUUAAAUGAGAGAGUGAGAGACAAUUUAGCUCAACCGAGUGUAUGCAAAAAUAGUUGUACGUGAUUGCCGUGGAUGAGAGUUUAAUAAGAAAAGUGAUUCAUGUCAUUGAAAACUUCCAGCAGAGUGAGGGAAGAAGGUGGAAGCACACAAGAGCAUCACAUCGUAUAGUAUAUUUUGGUGAAUGAGAAAAACGUGUGGCACCAGAGUUGAGUGUGACAAAGAAGUUUAUGCGUGAAACUCCCAUAGUGGUCUUCACAUUCUCUCAUGAGACAUCUGUGUGUUGUUUUGAGGUGGAGAUGAGUUGAAAAAUAUUCAUUUGCAAAACAGAGACAGAGAGGACGUGUGAUACGACAUUUACAAGAUAUUUUUCCUCUCCCAAAAGAGUGUUGAGUGACAAAUUGGGGAGAAUGUGGCGUGAAUGAUGUUCACGUAUAGCAGUGAUAAGAAAUCCUCGACGAACAAUUGGUUCUCGUCGCUGAGGCGCCAACCAAAGAGCCACACCAAGGACACUAAGGAUGCCAAGAAAUUGCAAAAGAGUUGUGUUGAUUUAACUGCCCAUCAGAAGAGUGAAGUCACCCACCAGGGGAACCCGCAGCAGCAGCAGGAUGUCCAUCAAGUUACGCGAACUGUGACAGAAUCGAGGGAUGUUGUGGUGGAUAGGAGAGCAGGUGGCCGUACCGAAAGAACGGAAGAGAGGAAAGUGGUGAAAGUGACCACGAGAACUGUGAUAAAGCAGCGUGUGGAUUUCGAUAAUUGGAGCCGCGACAGACGGGGGCUUGUCUUUGAUGACAAUGGUCGAGUACUAAAUUUGGCUAGACGUUUGAUUGAUAAUGAGGAGAAUCUUCAGUUCAUCGAUGACGCUGAUGUGACUAAAGUGAAAUACAAUCACAUUAGAGACCAAAAGCAAAUUAAGGAUGAACUGUGUGAGGUGGUGUCAGAGAUGGAGUCUCUGGACUCGCAGGAAGACUGCAAAUAUUCCAAUAAGGAUAAACAAAUGUCAAUCGGACGGAAGAAGUUUAAUAUGGAUCCAAAGAAGGGGAUUGAGUAUUUGCGUGAGAAUCAUCUAAUACGCAUGGAUCCGCAGGAUGUUGCGUACUUCUUGUACAAAGGGGAAGGGCUAAAUAAGACAGCAAUUGGGGAUUAUCUGGGAGAGAAAAAUGACUUCAACGAGCAAGUAUUAAAGGCAUUCGUCGAACUGCAUGACUUCACCAAUUUGAUUCUGGUACAAGCUUUAAGACAAUUCCUCUGGUCGUUCCGAUUGCCGGGCGAAGCACAGAAGAUCGAUAGAAUGAUGGAGUGCUUCGCCCAGCGCUACUGCCAGCUAAAUCCGGACAUUUUUACAAACACCGACACUUGCUACGUCCUCAGUUUUGCCAUCAUCAUGCUCAAUACGUCGCUGCACAAUCCAUCUGUGAAGGAUAAGCCGAGCAUUGAGCAAUUCAUCUCAAUGAAUCGCGGUAUAAACAAUGGGGGUGACCUACCGCGGGAGCUCCUUGAAUCUCUCUACGAGAGCAUACGAACGGAGCCCUUUAAGAUCCCGCAAGAUGAUGGGAAUGAUCUCAUGCAUACAUUCUUCAAUCCCGACAAAGAGGGGUGGCUGUGGAAGCAGGGUGGACGCUACAAAUCCUGGAAGAGACGAUGGUUCAUCCUCAAUGACAACUGCUUGUACUAUUUUGAGUACACAACAGACAAGGAGCCACGCGGAAUUAUUCCACUUGAGAAUAUUUCCGUCCGUGAGAUCAGUGAUCGCAAUAAGCCACAUUGCUUUGAGCUCUACGCAUGCGGGGGAGCUGACAUUAUCAAGGCUUGUAAAACAGAUUCCGAGGGAAAGGUCAGGACUUUCGUAGUUUUAUUCUUUUGUUCUAAGAUGAUUCAUCAAUUGGUGCAAAUUGUCGGUGAUUUUGCACAAGAAAAAAAAGUUUUGAAGAGGGUUUCACUCAUCAAUUCCCCCAGAGAGAGUUCAAGGAAGAUCAAGUGGAGAAUUGAAAGCUCGCCCCGUAAGCAGUUGCAUGCAAUACGCUCUGAUAUAAUCAUACCAUGGUCUAUUGAACGCAAAAUUAUUGUUAAUUGUUACUAAAAUGCCUGAGAUAUUUGCGAGAUUGUGUAGCACAGUAGUGAGUUAUAUGUACGUACACUUAUCGAGACAGUAGCUUUUCAAAGUUACCUAAUCAGCUGAUAAAUGUUCCAACAAAGCACUUGUGCAAGGGAAUAUUCGUGCUCCAAUUGAAGCUACAAAAUGAUAUUAAGAUGCCAUUCGUGUGACAAAGCGGCGAAUUAAUUUAUCUAAAAGUUAUCUCUCUGUACGAUAAGGGGAAAACGAUGAGGGAAUUCGCAGAUUAAUUAUUGCAGCAGGUUGAGAGAGAAAUUGCAAGGGAAUGAACUUGAAUUUAUUAUCUAACAAUAUUAAUAUUAUUAGUCUAUGGCUCAUUUAAAUGUUUGAUUAGUAAAUACGGGAAACAAAGCAGAAACGGCCAUUAAUAUAUUGUUAAAUAUUUAAUCAGGCGAAUUUUUUGAAGAUGAUAGUCUCUUUGUAAUUUGUUUGAUGGAAAUUAAAAGAAAAAAUAGCAAAAAGUAGAUCUUGGAUAAGAAUUUUAUCGAAACUAAUCAUUAGCAAUAAGGUUUCAAGGCGAAUUCAUUAGUUAAUUUAUUUUUAAUUGAUAUACUUUGCCAAAGUAUAGCUAAAAAUAUAAAUCUGAACAUGUUCUAAAGCGAUGAAGAAAAAAUUAUAUUUAUAAGCUUGAAAAUGUUGUAUCUUAAGGAGAUUUUUUUUAUUAAAGAGCUUAUAGCAAUCUUUAAUGAAUAUCAAGUAUCUAAUGAUAAGAUCUAUAAAGCUUUAGUGUGUAUUAGCGUGAGAAAAUAAUGUAAAAUAUUGCGGAAUUAUUCCUAAACGAUUCGAACGAUUUAAUAGUUUUCUAGUAGAGUAAUUUAUUUCAGAUAGUUUUUCUAUUUUAUUCUAAGAAGUUAAUUUAUUAAAUCUAUCUAAACUGGAAGAAAAACACACUUUUUAAAACGAAGACGAAUUUUCUUUCUAGUGGAUAGAUCUCAUACGAACUUUAAAAAACUAUAACGUCUUGGAGCUUAAAAGACAAUUAAUAAAUAGACAAAAUCUGAUAAUUUCUCUUACAUUUCACAGUUGUGAAGAUAAUGAAUUUUAAAAAAUCUUUCAAUUUCUGGUAUUCAUACACAAUUUAGAAGAAAAAAAAAGAUAUCGAUGCGAGGGCUACAUUGUAAAAACGGCUAAGUCAUUUCGGAGCUCGUACAGGUUUUACAAUGUAGCCCUCGCGAAGUUUAUUACAUAAAAUGGAAGAUUUUGUCGAACAAAGUCGUUUCUGAACGAAUCCCAAAGUCUAAAAGGGUCACAAAUAAACAAGAUACUAAAAAAUAAAAUUGUUACUGAAAUAGAAAAUGUUCCAUGUUAAACCGGACUGAUCCCUUUAACCGAAAUGAGUAGGACGCUCUGUCCUUCCGUGAGUUUCAACCAAAGAUCCGUGGAUCAGUCUAAAUGAAUCCUUACAAUUUUAGCUAGAUCUUUCCAGUAAAAUUAAGUUCUUGGUAAAGUUCUGGUUUAUCUUUUAUCAAUUUGAUAAACUAGGACUUUACUAAGAAUUCUUUUCGAUUCGAAAGCUUUAGCUAAAAUUGUAAGGACUAAUGAGGACUGAUCCAUCGGUCUUUGCUGGAUAUUUUGGAAGAGCAAAGUGACCUUCUCUAAUCAAACAUAGACAAGAAGAAAAGUUUCUGGAAGUUUUAGCAAAUUAUUAAAUUGAUUUGGAUCCAGCUUUGUUUAGUUCACAAAAUAUUGGGUAGGUUUUUGGAAAAGCUAACCCAGAAAAAUUGGAAUAAAUCCAAUUAAGUAAAUAAAUAUUUCUAGAACCUUUUACAUGAAAUUUCAAUAUUUUGCUUGAGAUUUGAUCAUUCAAAAAAUUCUUGAGCAUAUCUGGGUUAAUACUUUGAUUCUCCUUGUUUUCUUAAGAAGAAUACAAAGUAAUAGUAUUAUUCAUUACCAUUCAAAUGAAAGUUCUUUGAAAUUUUGCUUUUAAAACAACAAACAAGCAUUAUAUAGCAUGAAAACUUACUCUACUUUCUAAGAACUUUCUACCUCCAAACUUGAGAGCAAUUUGUAUGUUUAUUUUUCAAUUCAAUUGCUCCACUUCGUUUAGUAUCAUCGUUAUAUUAUUUUAAUAAUUGGAAUAAAUCAAUUCUUCGAGAGUAUUCUCUCAGUGAGAGGUUUAAUGCAAAAUUUCUUGCAACGAAUUCUAUAUUAUUUGUGUAAUAAUAAGUUUCAAGAUGCUUAAGAGGAAUUCUUCAUACUUUCCAUGCAGAGUAUGUGUUUAUUGAGGAAAAUGAUGAAAAAGGCUUUAAAUACGUGGAGUUUCUUCUUCUAAAUCUAAUUGAAAUGUUGUUGUUUAGAGAUGAAAGAAGAUUUUAUACGGUUUGUUUUCCCAAGUUCCACGAGUUUUGCGUUUGAUAGAAUUUAACUGAAUAAUUGCGUAUGUAGGAAUAUGACUUUGGGAAAGUGAAUUGAAGGAGAGUUCUCUUCCUAUGUACAUUUAGGGGAAGAGGUGGAAGAAAGUGAAAUCCUCAAGCUACAGAAA